AUGGAUGCACCGGAGAGCCUUAAAUCGGAGCCGGGGUUGGAAAAGGAUCCGCAUCGGCUGAUGCUGCAACGACUCAACUACGAGCUCCAUCAGCGUAAGGAGCUGGUUCGCGCGCGGGAGAUGCUUGAAAUCCGCCGGCGGACGCUCCAGGAGAGCAUCAGCAGCCGGAAGAAGUUUCUGGGCAGCCUUCCCGGGCAGCUGAAAGCCCUGAAAAAGGCAUCUGGUCCGCUCCAGCAGCAAAUGGGGAUGCAGCACUCACGGCGGGUGAAGCAACACCGCUUAGCGUCCCUCCUCCCUCCGCCUCUCUACGUUUUGUACUCGCAAUUAGCUGCCCGGAGGGACUCAUUAGAAGAAGCGAUAGAGGUGGAGAUUGAAGGGAGCGUUAGAGAGGCUGAAGCCUUCGCUGCUAUGGUGGAAGAGAGAGAGGCAGCAGCAGCUGCCGCUGCCUCUGCUGCUGCGGCAAGUGACGCGGGAGGGAAGCAGGCGCAAGCGAAUGCGGCGAUCGGCGCAGCUGACUUGAUCGGCACUGUGGACUCCCCCCAUCCGCUGGCGGUGGUGCUCCGCCUGCUGGACGCGCGGGGGAGAGCGGAGCGGGGGAAUGCGGAGGCUGUUGGACAGGGCGGGGAGCGCGGGGCGGAGGAGGAGGAAAAAGUGGAGAAGGAGAAGGAGAAGGAGAAGGAGAAGGAGAAGGAGAAAGAGAAGGAGAAGGAGAAGGAGAAGGGGAAAGAGAGGGAAAAGGGCAAGGGAAGGGACAAAGACGACAGCCAACAGCCCGCCCUGCUCGUUCUCCGCUUCGAAAUGCUCUGGAACCUCGGGGUCAUCUGUGUAGGCCCCGACUCAGGCCUUCUCUUCCCGAAUAUGGCUAAGGAGCCGUUGGCGCGGGAGAGUGGGUUUGUGGCGUCUCUCCCUGCACGCGUCUCCCGCCCAUUCUACUGGGCGCAGCUCAUGUGUGGGCCGGGGGGAGCACGGGCAGCGCUGCUGGAGCGGCUAGAGGCGUUCAGGGAGGAGAGGCGGCUGGGGCGAGUGCUGCAGGCGAUGAGGGAGCGAGUGACGGCCGCGAGAGAGCUCAAUGCGGUUCUCUCCUCCCUCGUUACAAGAACACUCCCCACAAUCACACCUCCCAAUGCCACUGCCGGCCCAUACUCCUCCGGGCCCUGGUCAGAAGAUUCCGGGUACCUUCCCCAAUGCUCUAUUCUGAGCUGGCAGCUUCUCAUUGGCCCUCUGGGAUUCCCAAACGCCACGUGUAGCAGCCAGAUUGGGGGAAAGGCUGAGGGGGGGGAUUUGGCAGUUGGUAAAGGGGGGGAGAAGCGAGGGAAGGAGAGGAGAGGGGAGGGGAGGAGCGAGAGGGAGGGGGAGAAGGAUAGGAGUGACAGGAAAGGAGAUGAGAAGAAAGGGGAUGAGAGGAAAGGGGACGAGAGGAAAGGAGACGAGAAGAAAGGUGAUGAGAGGAAAGGGGAGAAGGGAUCAGGGGAGGAUGGAUCGUCUCGCGGCCGAGGAGAAGGCACAGGAGGAGGGAAAGGUAGAGACGAGACUGUCGGGAGGCUGGCUGUUGGUGGAUUUGGAAGAGAGAGCAGCUUGCCUGUCGGUGCAUUGGGAGGAGAGGGUGGUUUGCCGCCUGGUGCUAUGCUUGCCCAGGCUCUGGUCAUAGCACAGAGGAGGAGACUGGGUGGACUGGCCGGUGCGGUAGGGUUGGGUGGGGUGGCAGGGCUGGCAGGGGUCAGUGAGCUUGAAGGGGGGUCAGGCGGGAAGGGGGAGGGCGGGGGGAAGAAACGGGAGAGCGAGGGGAAGAGCAGCAGGGAGAGGAGGAGCAGCAGGGAGGGGAAGGAGAAGAGCGAUGAGGAUGGAGAGAAAGGGAGAGGGGGAGGGAGUAAGCGAGAAACUGAGGGUAAAGCGGCAGCAUCUGGAGCCAUAACAGCAGCAGCAGCAGGAGGAACAGAAGCGGCAGCAGAGGGACCUUCAGGGGACGGGCAGGGCAGCGGGGGCAGUGGGGGCAGUGGGGGUGUUGUGGAAGGGGUGGAAGGGGUGGUGUGGGUGGCGUUGCCAUGGUCGUGGGCAGCAGCUCAUGGUAUCCAUCCCUCCACCCCUGCUGCUGUCGCCUGGGAGACUGUGCUGGGGGCUGGUGCCUGUGUGUAUGAGCUCAUUGUGAGGGGCACAGGGGGCGGAGGGGGUGGUGGGAGUGGUGGGAGUGGAGAGCGGAAGGGGAGGAAGGAGGAGGGCGAGAGGGGUGUGUGUGACCUGCAGGCACUGGUCGUCAUCGAUCCCGACGUCCCAUCUUCCCAACACCCCCUUCUGCUUCCCCCCAUCCAUCGUUUUUGUCCUGCCCCCCCUCCCCCUCUUUAUCUCCCACCCUCCCCCCCUGCUGCCCCUCCCAUCAGGUCCAACCCCUCCUCCCCUCCUCCACUGCUCAAGUCACACUCGCUCCAUCUGCUUCACCCCCCUCCUUGCAUGCCUCCUCCCAUGCAUCCUUAUUGCUGGAUGGGCUCUUCUCUCUCGAUUCCGAGGUAA